CUGGCGCUGGGGGCGGGCGAACCUGCUGCCUGGGUUACUGAGGAGCAACACAGACGCCUCAGGAAGCCAUGCAGCGCUCCCUGCACCGCGUCUCUCUCGGGAGGCGGCGCGCCCACCCAGACCUGUCCUUCUAUCUCACUACCUUUGGUCAACUCAAGCUGUCCAUUGAUGCUCAGGACCAGGUUCUGCUGCUCCACAUCGUAGAAGGCAAAGGUCUGAUGAGCAAAGAUCCUGUCAUCUGUGAUCCCUAUGUGAAGAUUUCUUUAAUCCCUGAGGAUAACAGAUUACGCCGUCAGAAGACCCAGACAAUUCCAGACUGCAGAGACCCAGUCUUCAACGAACACUUCUUUUUCCCUGUCCAAGAGGAAGAUGAGCAGAAGCGCCUUCUGGUCACUGUAUGGAAUCGGGCAAGUGAUUCCAGACAGAGCGGAUUCAUUGGCUGCAUGAGCUUUGGGGUGAAGUCCCUCCUAACUCCAGAUAAGGAAAUCAGUGGCUGGUACUACCUUCUGGGGAAGGACCUGGGCCAAACCAAGCACUUAAAGGUGGCCCGGCGGCGACUGCGACCCUUGAGAGACCCACUGCUGAGAAUUCCAGGAGGUGGAGACAAUGUGAAUGGGGAGACACUCAAGAUCACCAUCCCGAGGGGGAAGGAUGGCUUCGGCUUCACCAUCUGCUGUGAUUCUCCUGUUCGAGUUCAGGCUGUGGAUUCUGGAGGCCCUGCUGAGCGGGCAGGGCUGCAGCAGCUGGACACUGUGCUACAGCUGAAUGAGAGGCCUGUGGAGCACUGGAAAUGCGUGGAGCUGGCACAUGAGAUCCGGAGCUGCCAUGGUGAGAUCAUCCUGCUUGUGUGGCGCAUGGUACCUCAGGUCAAACCUGGACCUGAUGGCGGGGUUCUCCGACGGGCCUCCUGCAAGUCUGCACAUGACCUUCUGUCACCCCCCAACAAGCGGGAGAAGAACUGUACUCAUGGGGUCCAGGCACGACCCGAGCAGCGUCACAGCUGCCACCUGGUGUGUGACAGCUCCAAUGGGCUGCUGCUUGGUGGCUGGGAGCGCUAUACUGAAGUGACCAAGCGCGGGGGCCAGCAUACUCUGCCUGCGCUGUCCCGUGCCACUGCCCCCACUGACCCCAACUAUAUCAUCCUGGCCCCGCUGAACCCUGGGAGCCAGCUGCUGCGGCCUUUGUACCAGGAGGAUACCAUCCCCGAAGAAUCAGGGAGCCCCACUAAAGGGAAGUCAUCAUACACAGGCCUGGGGAAGAAGUCUCGACUGAUGAAGACAGUGCAGACCAUGAAGGGCCAUGGAAAUUACCAGAACUGCUCAAUCAUGAGGCCGCACACCCCCCACUCCAACUAUGGCACCUAUGUCACUCUGGCCCCCAAAGUCCUAGUGUUCCCUGUCUUUGUUCAGCCUUUAGAUCUCUGUAACCCUGCUCGGACCCUCCUGUUGUCAGAGGAGCUGCUGCUGUAUGAAGGGAGGAACAAGGCUGCUGAGGUGACGCUGUUUGCCUACUCGGACCUAUUGCUCUUUACGAAGGAAGAUGAGCCAGGUCGUUGCAAUGUGCUGAGGAACCCCCUCUACCUCCAGAGUGUGAAGCUGCAGGAAGGUUCAUCAGAUGACCUGAAAUUCUGUAUGCUGUACCUGGCAGAGAAGGCUGAGUGCUUAUUCACUUUGGAAGCACACUCGCAGGAGCAGAAGAAGAGAGUGUGCUGGUGCCUGUCGGAGAACAUCGCCAAACAGCAACAGCUGGCAGCUUCCCCACCAGAGAACAAGAAACUCCACCCUUAUGGCUCUCUCCAGCAGGAGAUGGGGCUGGCCAACUCAACCAAUGCUACCCAGGAUAGAAGCUUUACCUCAUCAGGACAAACUCUGAUUGGCUGAGCAAACUCAAGGGCGGGACUCUGCUUCCAGCAACUUAACCCUUUCUUGGGCAUCCUCUACCACACAGUAACCUCACCCCAACUGGACUCAAAACGGAGGACCAAGAUGGUGGGCCUGGGGUCUUCUGCAGGGAGUUGCCCCAAGGGUAUGUGUGGACUGGCAUCAGAAGGACCACAGUGAUGUGAGAGCCCUGUGGGCAUGUGUACCUGGCAUCAGAAAAUCCCAGAUGGAGAAACUCAGAAGCUUAUUCUCUACAAGGAAGAAGGAAGUGAAAUAAUGCCUGGAUUUCCAGUGGUGGUUCCAGCACCUGUCUUAAAGGCAGCAAGAGAAGUUAUAAGAGCUCAGAGAACAAUGACAUGAUCUGUUGCUGCCAGAAGAUAUUUCCAUCUACACCUUGAUUCAUUUUCCCAUCUGUACUCAUUUGUUCAUUUAUUCAGUGGAUAUCUGGGGUGUGGGGUGUGGGGGGGCCUCUAACUUUAUGCCAGACCCUGUGCUAGGGUGUGGGACACUGUGGAGAACAGAAACAGUUGUAGUCUCUGUUCUGAUCAAGAUUUCAGUCAUUUUAGGCAAGUGAGCUAAUUAUAAAAAUCAGCACCAAUACACAUAUAUACAUGUGCACACACCUGAUUACACAGUGGUAAUCUAUGAUGGAAAAGGACAGAACCACUUAGAAUAUUAACUAUAUUAUUAUCUGUGUAGGGUUAGAGAGAAGUGGAAGAGCCUGACUUUUAAGCUGAGACUUGCAGGUCUGGAUCAGUUAGCCAGACAAGAAAAGAGUGUGCCAGUGGAUGGGAUAGUCUGGGAAGAGAACUGGGAUGGAAAGGGGCUGGAAGCACCUGAUCACCUCAUCCCCUGUGAUGGGAACUCUGAGGAGGAAGAUGAGGUGGAUAUGGACCAGGCAGAGGUAUGGUAGUUAAGUCUAAACUUCAUUCUCCAGUGGAAAGCCAUUGAAGGCUUUUGAGAAAAGAAGUCACAGAGCCUCAGGUCUGUUUUUAGACCAGAAGACCCAAGGAGGUCCCCAUACAGUCAUGAGGAGGCUAGUCGUGGGAGACCUUCAGUCCUGUACUGCAGGUGAUGUGUGAUGGGGGAUGAGGAAGUGGGCAUAUGAUUGCCUUAUCCCUUUGAUACCAUGGAGGCUCUGGGAUGAGAAGAGAUAGUUUUUAUCCCCUCCUAGUCCCCUUGCCCUCAUCCAUUCCUGUGUCUUACUCUUUUGGUGAAUACCAGUGAGGCUGGGCCUUCCUCACAGAAUGUAGUUGUUUCAGCCAAGCCUAAGCUAGGACCCUGAAUUCUGGGAAUGUCCUCGGGAGGAGGGAGCUGUUCUUGGCCUGUCCAAAAUGGGAAAUUUUAUCAUCUACAAAGCCUCAGGAGGGGUUGCCUGUGCUGUCUAAGAAGAGAGAGUAGGAUACAACUUCUGGAAACUGAUUUGGUUUGCAUUCUGCAGAGCUCUUACAUGUCAAGGGACAGGGCUGGGUGUGGCCUGGCCAUUCUAUGGGACAAAAAGUCAGAUAUACCAAAGGCACAGUAAUCAGAGCUCAGUCUCCUCAUAGCUUAAUGCACCCCAAGUGAUAGCCAGGACUGGGCCUUUCUCAUACCCUUUUCUGACUGCCAAGACUUUGAGAGAGAGUUUCUCAGAGUUACAGGUGUGCAUGACAAAAGGGUAUGAUGUGAAUAUGAUAAGCAUAGCAAAAAGGGGUGGGAGGUGAAGAGAGGGUUCAGAGAGGCUGGGAGGAUGGCUCAGACCAGAGAAGGCCCCCCUGACCUUGGACUCUGAGUUGUAUCAUAAAAUCUCAGUGUCUUUAGGGAAGGACCUAGAGUUUGCUCUGUGGCUGUGAAGGACAGUGCAGGAGAGAACACAUCCCUCACCUCCCACUUCCCCUUCUAGCCCAGAGCAGAGCAGAGCAGAGCAGAUGGGUUGUGGCAGCCAUCUGCUGGGCUUGGGGUGUCUCUGCCUGUGACCAGGGGAACAUCCUCACCCAGUGGGGAACUGGACUCUGUCUGAACUGAGCCUGGUGAUAACAGUGUCUGUCAGCCAGGACUUAGCCUGCAGGGUUAAUUGUGGGAGACUAAGCAGCUGGGUCUGCUCAGGCAGCAUGUUGCACUUUGAUUUCAUUUGAUUCCAUUACAAAAUGACAUUACAGAGACUGCAAGGCACAGGAGACUUGCCUGCCUGGCUUAUCUCUUCUGGACUUGCUGACCUACCUCUGCCUACCUGAGAGGUGCAGAGGACAGGUGCUCUGACCCCAGGGAAAUGGAAAUAUAAACGCAGCACCCAGCCCCAACGCCACAAUUUCCUGUCCCCUCCCAGCUCGGUCUAACAAACUCUGAGUGAGGAUAGUGCUCAAGUCUGGCCCAUUGUUGAAGUGGACAUCAGUCCUCCAGAGGGCCCCAGCCAGCCUUCCCUGUGACUGUGGUGAGCCAUUGCUCAGUGCCAUUGCUACUCUACCUUGCAAAUCAAUGCAGCAAUUAAUUUGGCUCCUCAGCCUUGAGAAGAUGAAAUACGACCGGCAGCCACUGUUCUUCAGCAUCCCAGUCCAUCCAGCCAUCCAGGAUGAUGAACAAGCUGUCAAAAUCGCAUCUGAGAGUCAGAAUCAUGGGAAACACAGAGUGCCCCUCCCUUCACAUAAAUCCUGUUGAAAAGUGCACACAAUGGUUUCUUUCCUGAUGGGUCAGUUGUCUUGGGUUGGUGUCUGGGGCUUAGGAGCUGGGAGGUUGGGAGCACAGCCAUUUAUUGUUGAAAAGGCCAGCUGUGCGAUUGGGAUACAAAGUGAUCUUUUCAGUCCCUGCACCCUCUGACCCCGUUUGCACAUUUUCUUAUAACUCAGGCUCAGGGUCUUUUGACACUCUUGGUUCCUUUGAUGCCUGGGGCUCUAAUGACCUGAAUCUUUUGACCUUUUGAGAGCUGAGACAUGUUGGAAAUAAUGACAUUUAUUUAUGUA